CCCAGUCCUCCCUGACAUUUGGCCAGUGGGCUGUGUACCUGGACCUCCUGGGACACUGGCUGAGGUUUGAGGAAAGACCUCAGUGCCUACUGGGCUGCAGGAUGAAGCUGGCUACUGGCUUCUUGAUUUUGUGGCUCAGCCUGAGGGGUGGCCUGGCUCAGAGUGACACCAGCCCUGACGCAGAGGAGUCCUAUUCAGACUGGGGCCUACGGCACAUCCGGGGGAGCUUUGAAUCUGUCAACAGCUACUUUGACUCCUUUCUGGAGCUGCUGGGAGGGAAAAAUGGAGUCUGUCAGUACAGGUGCCGAUACGGAAAGGCACCAAUGCCCAGACCUGGCUACAAGCCUCAGGAACCGAAUGGCUGCAGCUCCCAUUUCCUGGGUCUCAAGGUACCAGGAAGUAUGGACUUGGGCAUUCCAGCAAUGACCAAGUGCUGCAACCAGCUGGAUGUCUGUUACGAUACUUGCGGUGCCAACAAGUAUCGUUGUGAUGCAAAAUUCCGAUGGUGUCUCCACUCUAUCUGCUCUGACCUGAAGCGGAGUCUGGGCUUUGUCUCUAACGUGGAAGCCUGUGAUUCUCUGGCUGACACUGUGUUCAAUACUGUAUGGACCUUGGGCUGCCGACCGUUUAUGAAUAGUCAACGUGCAGCCUGCAUCUGUGCAGAAGAAGAGAAAGAAGAGUUAUGAGGAAGAGGUGAUUCCUUCCUGGUUUUGAGUGACACCACAGCUGUCAGUCUUGGAGAUGGUAGUAUGGCAGAUGUGUCUCAUCCUUUCUUUCAAAAGUUUGAAUACCACAAAGCAGGAGAAAGGAAACAUUAUUCUACAGCUGAAAACUGAGUCCCAUCCUUUGAGGAGAAUUGGAAAAAAGACAUGGAGGGAUUUGAAGACGGCUCUUCACUUUAACACUGGUCUCCCCAGCCAAGACACAUUUGCCUGGAAAUUCAGUUCUUAGUUUAAAGACGAAAAUACUGGGAUUCCUGGAGUUCGAUAAUUAUAUUCAUAAGUGAAAUUUUGGAGAGCCCAACUAUUUGGGAGGCAAUGACUUUCCUCUGGUCCAUGUUUCAGUUGCCAAUAAGCAUCUCACAUUUAAUAAAGUGUACUUUUUAGAAAAUUUGAAAAGAGAUGAAUGAAUUCCAUUAUCACCAAUAUGCUUCCAUUUCACUUAGAAGAGAACAGGACCCAACCUGGUAAGUUCCACAAAUGAUAACAAUUAUGCCCACUGAUGUUGAAGAGAUAAAAACAGGUGAGCAGGGUCAGAGGCUUACCUGAUAAAGGCCAGUGGAGGUGGAGGUCAAAUGGAGCAGGUCCCUGAGGUCCCAUUUUUUUCCUGCCGUGAAUUAUUCAGGUUGAUAUUCCCAAUUACUAAGCGGUGUUAGUGUCAUGUUAAGAUCUGAGAAGCACUUGGCAAAAACUUCCACUGAAAAUAUCUAGGUGAAGUCCCUGAAAUCUGAUGGGAAUGAGAGACAAAGGGCCUUUCCCUUAGUUGUGGUUCUCUGCCCUGACUGUGGAUUAGAAUAACCUGAGGAGCAUUAAAAACACAAAGAAUCUCUCUCUGCGUGCAGUGCCUACCUAUUGGUAUGUUAUAAACGCUCCCCAAGUGAUUCUGAUGCACUGUGAGGGCUGAGGGAUUGGCAAUAAGGUCAGGGAUUGGCAAACGAAGGCCCAGUGGCCAAAUCAGGCCCAACACCUGUUUCUAUAAAGUUUUAUUGGAACACAGCUAUGCUCACAUUUGUUUAUGGCUGUUCCUGUGCUACAAGAGCAGAGUUGAAUAGUUGUGACAAAGACUAUAUGGCCCAGAAAGCCUAAAAUAUUUACCAUUGGCCCUGUACAGAAAAAGUUGGCCAACUCCUGAUCUAGAUAAUUUUCUCCUAACCCUUCCUUUGGUUAAUGUCUCUGGUUCCAUUAAGAAUUGUUGAUUGUAGCCAUUUCUAAAAAGAAAAAGAAGAAAAACUGUUUUUUGAUCUUAUAUAAAGCCAUAAAAUUAAUUGGCUUACCAAGAAAUUGGGUUUAACUGAAGAUAAAAUUUAUCUCUGUGGUUUAUGAUAUUUAUUUCAAUAAAAUUUAUUAAGCACCUACAAAAUACAGUAUGAUAUAAUUUUAUACCUUUUUCUAUUGUCUUAUCAGUCUGAGGGCAUAGAAUGCCAAAUAACACGGCAUAUGGUACCAAAUUUUAAUUUUGUUUACAAUUCAGUCAUUGAACCACUUAAAUGCAUGUUAAUGAAUUAACAUUUAUUAAUUGAAAAUAUUUCACUUAAUAUAAAAACAUCAAAAGAAAAUAUCGUGCAAGAGAAAAACCAAAUAGUAUAUUUUAGUACACACUUAUAUUGAUAAACUCC